GGUGAGGAGGGGGGGGAUAAAAACUGGCUAUUGAAAGCGGAGGCAAGCAGCGAGGCAGCGGACACAAGACACACCGGCACCCCCUGGAACAAAGCAUCCCACGAAGGACACUCGGAGCGCGUACCGACACCCUGUUUACCGGCGAGUGUUUGCCCGAGCAGAAGCGGAGAUGGACACCAGAAGUACUGAGGACAAGCCAGUCCAGCGGUCCAAGUCCUUCAGCUUUAAGACCCAGAAGGAGGUGUGUACAUCAUGUGACAAGACGGUCUACCCCAUGGAGAGACUGGUGGCCAACAACCAGGUCUUCCACUCCACCUGCUUCUGCUGCAAGCACUGCAACGCCAAGCUCAGCCUGGGCAACUUUGCCGCUCUCCAGGGCGAGUUCUACUGCAAGCCUCAUUUCCAGCAGCUGUUCAAGAGCAAAGGCAACUACGACGAGGGCUUCGGACGCAAGCAGCACAAGGAGCGCUGGGCCUCCAAGGAGACGGACAACAUCACCAAGACGGCGUGAAAACUGGCGUCCGCAGCACGGUGACAUCACCCGCCCACUAGCUUAUUCUUCUUCUUUUAAACGCCACAACCGCUUGGAAAUCACUUCACAACACUUUCAACAAACCUCCGUGUUCUUUUUCCCCUUCAUGACCAAAACCUUCUCUGUCGUACGAGCGGGAACAUGUAACUAUUUUUCAUUGUUGUUGUUCAUAUGAAUGAUUUGCACCCAUUUUGUAUUCUGUAUGAUCAUGCAAACGCCACACACACACACACACACACACACACACACACACACACACACACACACAAACACACACGUGCACUCAGGUCAACUUUCUUUACUGGCAGUGUCCCCCAAGGAUUUUAUAAAGGUUUUUACUUUGGCUCAGUGGUUCUCAAACUGUUUUCACCAAGUCCCACCUCUUAAAACACCAUAAUAACCAACAGUAAGAUACAGUAGUGUAGUAGGCUUACGCAUUCAUUAAAAACAGCGGUUUUAUUUAGCAAGUAUAUUUAAUAUUUUGAGCCACUUUUAACAUUACAAGCGGUUUGAACAGUAACACUGUGUUUGAAUUUGUUAUUAAUUUUACCACUACAGUUUGAGAAUCACUGCUUUAGCUCAUUUAAAAACCGCCGUAACCGUUCUGAGGUGCGCCCAUGCCGCACCCGGGGGGGUCCAACAGGGUACGCGAUGUUACUAGGCAACAGCUCACCUCGCGGGUUUGCGUCAUUCCGACGUUGGGUAACUGUUCUUGUUAUUUAUUGUUUGUGUUCUCUUGAGGUUGCGUUCACACUCGUGUUCGGUGCUGAAAUGGCAAAUAUCCCUCGCCACAUCGCACUUAAGUUUUUUUUAACGCAUAUUUGAUGUAUUUUAGGCCUAAAUUGACUAUAUAGUACAGUAGUAUCGGCCACUCGGUGAGACUAAACCAGAGUGCACUGUUCAGUAUCCUGGCCACUGAUUGGCUCAGCCUAAGGCAGCAUUUAGCCCCGCCUCUACGAGCGUAUUGAUUGAUUGAUUGAAACUUUUAUGAGUAAAUUGCACAGUUCAGUACAUAUUCCGUACAAUUGACCACUAAAUGAUAACACCCGAAUAAGUUUUUCAACUUGUUUAAGUCGGGGUCCACGUAAUCAAUUGAUGGUAAAGGUGACACCAUCAGUGUUUCAAGUUGAGGGCUUUCAUAAUGGUAAAAAAAUAGCUUUAUAAAAUAUUCAAUUUAUUAAUAAUAAUUCCUACUUUGGUCAGGUUCGGAACCAACUAACAGCGAUAAACAAGGUUUUACUUUAUGUAAAGAAAUGUGUUUGAAGGGUCGUCCUCUGCUCUCUCCGUCCGUGGGUGCAACAACGCCGCUCUUGAAAAGCAUAUUUUACCACCUUUUGUCCUCCAGAAUAAAAAAAUAACCCAUUAGACAGCAUUUUGGUUUGGAGUGCAGUCAAACAAACAAAAAAGCAGUUUUGCCAUUAAAAUGUAAACAUUUUUUUAUUUAUCAAUCCAACAAAUUAAUACACAAUAAUACCAUAAUAAUACAAUUCCAAUUCCAAAACCAAACCCAGCAGCAUUCAAAAUAGCAAUCAACAGAGUGAUUGAGAGGACACACAAACAUGACACAAAACAAUCCAAAAGUAGUCAAACAAAAAUGAAUAAUAUCAACAACAGUAUCAAUAUUAAUAAGAAUUCCAACAUAGUGAUUAGAAAUCCCUCAUUGACAUUAUCAUCACAGCCAUUUAUAAAAAAUAUUUUAUAAAAAUAAUUUUUUAUUAAUAGUGUCACAGUGGCUUACACUUGCAUCGCAUCUCCUAAGCUUGACAACACAUUGUGUCCAAUAUUUUCCACAAAGAUAAAAUAAGUCAUAUUUUAGGUUCAUUUAAUAGUUAAAACAAAUUUAAAUAAUGAAAAAAUUUCAAUCUAAUGAACCCGUCCCAGAAAAUAAUAUUUUUACAUGCAGAAAACAUGAACUACGUAUAAAUGGACUUUUAAUAUUGCUUUCCCUUCAAUCAAUCAAUCAAUCAAUGUUUAUUUAUAUAGCCCUAAAUCACAAGUGUCUCAAAGGGCUGCACAAGCCACAACAACAUCCUCGGUACAAAGCCCACAUAAGGGCAAGAAAAACUCACCCCAGUGGGACGUCGAUGUGAAUGACUAUGAAAUUGAUUGGAGAAUAAAUUGGAGACUCUUGAGCGGAGAGAGAGAGAGAGAGAGAGAGAGAGAGAGAAAUGGAUCGGCCAUGUUUGCUGCAAGUUCAAAGUGCUGGCACUCGCAACUUUUUUUGGCCUCUGGGUGAAUUAUCACAGCUAUUUUGUUUGGUCGUACGCUGAGUAGGAGGGUAAAUGAAAGUCUUCUAUGAAAACCCACCCCGUACAAUAAGUGGGGUGUAUGAAAACACAGGUCAGGAAGCGUACUAAGCUUUACCUUAUUGAAAUUUGUCCCGUAACAAAGAUACCAGUGUGACCGAUGAGCCAAUCACACCGAGUGUUUUUUGAUUCUGUAGCAGAAUACGGAAGCACGAGUGUGGACGCAUCCGUCGUCCUAACGUGCACGUUGUUGGUACGAGCUGGUCCUGACGGCCUUAUUUUAAUACGCUCUCAGCCUUUCGUAUCCUCCUCUCGCUUUCGUUUUCUCCCCAGAGCAAGCGCUUGGACCGAGUUGAUGUUUUCCCUUUUUUCUCUGAGCCGUCGUCCCUGCCAGCCUCAGAUUGUUUUUGUAAAGUAUCUGUACAUACAGCUGUACUUUGUGAUUGCUCAUCAUCCCCCCACCCCCACCCUCCUUCAUUCGCCACUUUGAACCCCCGUGUCGUGUUGUCCAAGGACGACCAUGGUUGGAGGAAAACAGUUGUGCCAUCUUGCAAGGGUGGGAAUCAUUGUGCAGCGAACGAUUCGAUUCGGAGUCGAUUCUCGAUUCAAAUAAUGAACAUUUUUCAAAACAGGCAAGGAGAUGGUCUCUAAACAUUUUUUUAAAAAUGUGUUCUUAUAAAUGGAUUUUUUAAAAUAAUGAAUCUAGUUAGAAUCGAGAUGUAUAGGAAUCGAAUGUGAAUCGGGUUUUUUUUGUGUGCAUCUCCCACCAUUUUGUCGUUUAAUCUUUUUUAAUAAUUGCCUUCCUUUUAACUUAUUAGCUAACAUUAGCCAUUAGCACCUGGACCUAUGUACUAUUUCUUGAUCUUUUCCCUCAAAAAAAAAAGAAAAAAAAAAGUGGUGGCUGACAAGAGUGUGGAUCCGCCUCCAACAAAUGGAGUCUUGCAUGCUGCAUGUGAUAGUGCUGAGCGCCCCCUGCUGGGCAAGAAUCCAAUGUGAGUUUUUACGUUUUUAAAUUCAAAAGGCCUUUUUUUCCCCCCACUUUGGAACAAGUUGCCUCACAAGUCCGCAGUGUUGCGACUGAACCUGGUCUUAUGUUACGCUGAGACUUGACUGACACUUGAAUGACUCGGUUAUCUUACGUUUGCAAAAGGAACGCUUUACUGUGAAUUAAACACGCUGUGAGGUGAGAAAAAUAUAAAACGGAUGGAUUUUUUGUUUUUAUUUCCAACAAUAAGAAGCCUUAGAAAUGGUAACGCGAACACAAAGGAGACUUAAAUGUUCUGAUCAUGCCUUUUUUUUCCCCCCCCAAAAGCAGACUCACUCCACAUUCCUAAACAUGACUCCACUCGACCAGCAGCUGUUUGUCAUCCCACAAAAUACUGUAUAAUACUUCUUCUAACUCUGUCAAACGUGCGUGACGAUGUCUUUUUUAAUAUUUGAAUGCUUUAAAAAUCAAAGUUGUUGUAUGUGGAAAUGCUGUCUUUCAUCAGUCGCCAAGGUACAACUGCGACCGCUGGUCAGGUGAAUGACUGACAAAAAAACAAAAAAUUCUGUCAUGUUUGUUUCCGUGCGACAUUUUUUGACUUGGACUUUAAUGUUAAAUGCUGUUGUCAUGGAGACCUUUUUAAAUGUAUGCCUCAUGGGAAAUGUGAGUCCACGUAACACACUUGACCGGUGGAUUGAGGUGGCCUUACAGCAAAAGAACGCUCAGAUUGUUUUUGCAGUCUUUCUUCUUCUCCUUAUUUGACUUAUAAAUUGCAUUUUUAAAGCGCCCGUCAUUCUACGCCUCUAUUCUGAGCAUUUGUCGUGUUUUUUUCGUCUUUUUCUUUUUUUUUUUUUUACAUGCUUUUUAAGAAAAAAAUAAAUAAAAAUGCUGGUGUUGAUUUA